ACGUGCACACAUGUUGCUGCUUUGUUGUUCCUGAUUGAAGCAACAGUGAAGUUGAGGAACUCAAAGACUGACACAGAGAAAGAAAGAGAGGGAGAGAUGUCAGGGUUCGACAACUUCAACACAGACUUUUACCAGUCCAGCUACAGUGUGGAUGACCAGGCCCAAAGUGGAUAUGGCUACGGCAACACAGAAGACCCCUAUAACAAGCCAUACGGUCAGUAUGACUACUCCCAGCCCAUGGGCUAUUCUGCCCCAGGGAUGAUGCAGCCCCAGCAACCUUACACAGGACAAAUCUUCCAGCCGACACAGACCUUCACCCCGUCCCCAUCACAGUCAAUGUACAGCAGCAGUUUCGACGACGAGCCUCCACUACUGGAAGAGCUGGGCAUCAACUUUGACCACAUUUGGCAGAAGACCCUGACGGUGCUGCAUCCAAUGAAGGCAGCUGAUGGUAGUAUCAUGAAUGAGACGGACCUGGCUGGACCAAUGGUCUUCUGUUUGGCCUUUGGAGCCACACUGCUCCUGACGGGGAAGAUCCAGUUCGGCUAUGUGUAUGGUAUCAGUGCCAUCGGCUGCUUGGGCAUGUACUGCCUGCUUAAUCUGAUGAGCAUGACGGGUGUCUCCUUUGGCUGUGUGGCCAGCGUCCUUGGCUACUGCCUCCUUCCCAUGAUCCUCCUCUCCAGCUUCGGAGUCCUCUUCUCUUUACAAGGCAUGAUGGGUAUCAUCAUAUCUGCAGCAAUCAUCGGCUGGUGCAGCUUCUCUGCUUCGAAGAUCUUCAUCUCCGCGCUGGCCAUGGAUGGGCAGCAGCUGCUGGUGGCUUACCCUUGCGCUCUCCUCUAUGGGGUCUUUGCGCUCAUCUCCGUCUUCUGAACAAAAUUAUUCAGCGGCUGUUUCAGGAAUGACCGCUCCCCGCCACCCUUUCUGUAUUUUCAGUCUAAUUAAUGUAAUUAGUCUGAUGAUUCUAAUUAGAGAGGGGGGAGGGGGCUGUAAUCUAAAAACGAGCAGCCACUUCUCUUUUCCAUCUCUCCAUCUCCCACACUGCGGUCCGACUCAUCCCAUGUCACCCCUCCAGAGACUGGUGAGGGGGUGCCAUCUCUUUCACCUCCUCCCUUCUACCCGGCCCCCACCAUGGCUUUCAAAGGAGAGGAUUGCCUCAUACAUGUGGUGAAACCGAACUCUCCCUUGUAGCUUGUGGUUCUAUGAUUUAUAAGGGCCUGACGGGGAGGGAACGAGCGAGGAGUUGACUCUAUGCUAAAAGAUGGGGCGUCAGAUCACACAAAUGAACUUUUGGACACUGACAAGGGGAAAUGUUAAGUAAAUGCAAAGCAGGACCGGGAACCGGACCCCAGCAAAACCCAGCAUCCCGAACUAACUCCCAAGCCAGUGAGAGCUUUUGCAAGAGCUGCAUCAUGACUGGCAAAGGCCCACAUGUUCUCCUACCGAGCCCUCAAAACGAAAGGAGACAUCUUCCUCUUCUCUGGGGCUUACCCCCCCUGUCAUUCCCCUUGCACACCCACCAGCGAAGGGAGCAUGAGGGGGGGAACAGGUGCGCCAGCUGUAAACUCCUCUCCCUCAUUUCUUUCUCAUUUUGUACAGGACAAAAGGUGCCUCCACAUCAAUACCCCCCCACACACAGUGGUGUUCUGCGUGAUGUGAAAACAGCAUCUCCUCCUCCUUUUUAUUAGCAUUGUUGCUUUUUCAAGUGAUAAGCUAUGCAUGAAUUAUACAUUUUCAAAAAAUUAACAGGUUUGAUUAGGUGUUCAAAUUAACAUUCUAGGACUUUAUUUAUGGAUAGCAAAUCUCUGUGGGUGUUGCCCAAAGUCUCUGUAGCUCUUUUUCUUCUUUAUUUCUCACUGGAUUUUAGACUCUUUCAAAUGCUUGGCGCUCUUUUCUGUUACUGCAAAGGCAUACACAUUAAAGUUCCACAAGAUUAUCUUAAGACGGUCUGCUUCGUGAUAAUGACAAAUUUCUCAGUGAAAACGGUGGUCUAGUUCACACAAAUGUAAAUCAUGUUUUCAGUAAUCUGGGGGGGAGAUGUUUUUCUUAUCAAGUUGAUAAAUAAAAAAACAAAAUGCCGCAAAUUUAGAUUAGAUCUGUGCCAUCUAUUUUGGCCACUAACCUUUCGGCCCGCGAAACGUUCAGCAGUGCAAUAGACCACUGUGAUGACGGUGUUUUUUAAGUGUGCUAAUGUCUUGUCUGUGUACUUACCUUGUACCUCCAGCAGCUUAGCAAAGUUUGGUCAGGUGAGUCUGACUCCUAGGGUAUUUAGAUCGUCUCCUUUGCUACACUUCCAGUUGAUUUGUCCUCCUCUCCGGCCCUUGGCAAUAAAGAACUGCCUUGUCAACCCAUCGUCUGUGCGUAAUGGGUUGGCCAGGUAGUCUCAGCUGUUGCCGGAUUGUAAACGUUCAGCUAGCGAUGAGUGCCUGUUGUAUUGAUGCCACGUGUACAUACUCACAUUAUUUAUGUCCAAAGACUGGAUAAUAACAGACUUGUGUUGAUGUUAAAAUCUGUUAUUAUCCACAGCACACCCUUAUUUUGUCCUGUUUUUGUCCAUCAAACAUUGUGAAGCAUGUUUUGUUUUGUGUUGCACAGACAAAAACAUGUCAGAAGAAUCAAACUCACUUUAGCAAAGAAAAACGCUUCAUGAUGCAGGAUCAAUAAAAUUACUUAUUAACCGACAAAAUGCCACCUUUUUACGUUUUAAAAAAAAUAUGUUCCAUACAAGUGAAGCCAUGUAUCAGCCAUUAAAAAGUCCCCCUCUUUAAUCACAAGUAUGUUUUUACUAGUCCCAUGUUUCCUGGAGAGAAAACAUCUGGGUACAUUCAAAAAUUGUUUUGUUUUGGUUUGGGUUUUUUUUUCUGAAAAUCAGCAGCUCUUCUCAUCCCCAAUUGUUUUUAAUGAGUUGGCUGACUAGUUUGGCCAUCUCACAGUGUGGGCAAACAGAUUUUUUCUGGUCAUGUUGAUGUGUUUGAAACCAAUAGACAGCCUGACUGUGGAGUCGGUUCACGGGGCCGCUGUGUGGCCGUUCAGUUUUCCUAAACCACACAAGAAGUAGCAGCAAGCAGAGUGAACAUGAAGGGAAAAAUAAAAAAAAACAACUUUGAAUUU